AUGCCGCCCAGAACGGCCACCAAUCGCUCCGCUGGUGUCAGUAGCGGCGCCCUCAAUCUCGACGAGGUCGUCCUCGACGAGAAGCCCACACCGCAGCUCGCGCGCUUGUCCAAAAACAAAAACGGCAAAGCUAGAAGCGCCAAGGCCAAGUCCCACAAGCACUAUGGCUUCCCGGAGUCCGACUUCGCAUCACACCCUUCUUGGACGGUCACCAGUGGCAACGCCGCGACCAAGGGCGCCAAUUUCAAUUUCUUCUGCGACGACGUUACACAAAUUCUCCAAUGGCCUGAGGGAAGCCAUAACCGUCCCCGUUGGCACAAUGACGACUGGGCCCACUUCGACUAUCCGUCGCCUUCCGAGUCGAUGGACCAGGAAGAGUUGGAGGUUAUUCGCCGCCAGGCUGUUGCUUCCCGUCGCAAGAUCAAAGGCCUGCCAGAGGAAAUUAGAUGUGGUCGCAUCUGGAAGGACGUCGGCAACGCGUUCUUCAAUGGCUGGAACAAUCCCCAUAUCCAUACCCCCCAGUUCCCCGUGGUCUGUCAUUUCCUCCAGAGGGAGUCGACUCCGGGAACGUAUCUAUAUGAGAUCCUCAGCUCGAACCCUUCCGAGAUGACGUUAGUCUCUCAAGGCGCCAUCAACGGUGCCUCCAAGUAUGAAGGCGAUGACAAGGAUGAUACCCACCCGAUCGCGACCUUCAUCUUGAGCGCGUUCCGCCUUCUCGAGUAUGCGCCCACCCACAACCUGUCAUACGAUGUCGAGCUCUCCUCCGAUCGCAGCGCAUACCCUCACCGAUACCCGCGUGCCGAGCCCGGCGACAACAAGGCGAUCCUCGGCUACGUCCUCGAGGACUGGGCGCGUGCCAUCGUCCUGUGCAUGGUCUUCUGCAACCGGCGGUCGGGUAAAUUCCAGAUCAUGACUGCGACCGAUCCCUCCGAAAGCCCCCUCCCUCCUCCCAUGAUAUAUCCCGCGCUCGUGGAUAACAGCGAGUGGCUAGAUGAGGAGGACGCCGGCAAGGAAAGGGCCACUGCUCUCAACCGCGCCAUGCUCGCCUCGUCCGUCAUGUCGCACAAGCGCACCAGGACCCUCCUCAACCUUUCGAAGGUCUAUUCCGUGACCGCCUCGGGUGAAGAGCUCUCUCUGAGAACGGAGCGUCUCCUCGCUUCCAUGCAGGGAGGCACGAAUAUCUCCGAGUGCAUUGCCCGCCAGUGUCAUUCAUUGCAGCUUCCGCCGAUGCCCAAGCUCGACGACGCUACAAUGCGCAUCCUCAUCAACCAUCUCCGCACACGCCACGGUCGUCGACAAGACGACGACGACCCCUCCAUCGAGCCGACAACUGCCGAGCGUAUUAACCCCGAUGCGCGCGAUAAGGAAUUCCAGGAUUUCUUCAACAUUGGCUGCGAAGACCUCGCUGAGGAUGCACAGAGCUCCAAGGAAGCUGCCGACGAGGCCUACAAGGCCACGUUCAAGACUUGGCUGAUGAACAAGUCCCUGGCCGGCGAUGCGCCCAACGAUGAAGGUGCUAACUUCGAGGCCGCCGCAAAGCUCCUCGGGUUCGAGAAUUGGAGAGAGCUCUGUCCGAACACCAAGACCCCCGAUUACCAGUUGACAGCCGCUCAGGUCAUGGGUAUGUCCCCCUUCACCCUACCCUCCGUCCUCUAUCCUUUACCGCUAGAGAGCGCCCCUGCUUGGAUUCUCGACGGCCCCUCGUCUUCACGGCCGUGGAGCUUUUAUUCCUCUCAUGGCCAUAUUUACAACUUGGUCUCCAAGGAGAAAAGCCCCAUGAGAGGCAGCAUGCUGUGUAGCUCCGUCGGCCUCGGAAAGACGAACUGCAUAUUCGGACUCAUCGCGGCUGUUGCGUCCAUGCUCGAGGCGGAGUUUAACGCUGGUCAAUCCAAGGGGCCUUUCUUGCCCACCCUUGUGAUCUGCAACAACGCCAACUUUUCCCAGAUGUUCGACAAGGCCAAAGUCUGGGACGAAAGGUUGAAGGUUCGACUCUAUUUUUCCCACACCAAAAAUGUCAACAAGGACUCUGGCCGGUCGGAUGUCACCUGGAACAAGGACGAACUUGACCCCAAGAUCUUCGAGCUGUUCCGCGAUGGCGCCAACGAUCCCCAGGUAACGUCCCUUCCCCCUUUCCCAGUUUCCCUUUCGGUUGCGGCCCUCGUCUUCAUGGCCGUGAGAUUCUCUAGUCCUACGGCCGUGAAGACGAGGGCCCCGUCGAGGCUCUCCACGGCCGUGAAGACGAGGGCCCCGUCGAGGCUCUCCACGGCCACCGCGCGGACCGUCGUGCUCUCCCCGAAUACGACCCUCGUUCAUCGUCUAACGAGCUACGAAUUUGAACCAAUUCGAAUCCGCGACAAGGACCGACUUGCAACCUUCAGAAAGGCGGCUAAAGGCCAUGGUCGUCAUCCCGAAGGCCAUAUAACGGAGCUGAUCACGCAUGCCCAUCGCCCCGUCGUGGCGAGGACCUACUUCAAGGAGCACGAGUUCUAUCCCUGCAACACCGACGAGGCGCACGCAUACAUUGGCAGCUACGUCCCCGUCAACGGUAUGUCUGGAUUCAGGCGCAAGUGGCAUCGGAUAAUCGUCGACGAGGCCCACUGUUGCAAAAACGAACUGUCGGCGCUCUUCGCCUUCCUUACAGAGGAGAGUUACGCUCACUUGACUCUGGUCACUGCAACGCCGAUGGUCAACCAUAUCCGGGACCUGGCCGCGUAUUUGAGGCUCUUCCACCAUGUCGUCUGGAAGGCUCGCCCUGAAGGCGAGCGUAUCUGGAUCAUGCCUAACCGCACUGACUUGGGAGAAACGCUGCUCCUGUAUUUGCCAAACUACGACCCUUGCCAGGAGCAGUUCACGGUCGGCCCCCGCACAGUCCGCGGCCUUUUCCACCUGGCAACUUACGUGGAUGACGAAGGCAAUCCCUACACCGAGCUUCCGCCCGCCAUCGAGUACGCCAAAAAGGUAUGGAUGGAGACUAGAUUCCCCUUGUGGAUCCUGCAUCCCGGCCUCUACAAGGCGACUGGCGCCCGGCACCAGUGGAAAGACGAGUUUGCUCAAGUCGUCGUCCCUCGCGUCAUGGCCCUCAUCGCCCAGAGGCGCUACAUGCAUACGCCCCUCUCGCUGCCCGAUGGAACGGUCACCUACCCUGCGAAGAACAUGAAGCCUUACAAGUACGUGAUGGAGGAGCUCUCGUAUCCCGAGGAGGACGCCGAGGAAGUCUUGAAUCACAGCUGCGGCCUGCUCGACCGCACCAUUGCCACCGGUGCCGCCAAGCAGAAGACCGUACUGAAGUUGCGCCAGAAUCUCCGGAAGCUCACCUGUUCGCCCGAUACGCCAAUUGGAGGAGAUGGAGGAGGAGGUGGUGGUGGUGGCGGCCCCGCUCAGGGCAACAGCCGAAAUGCGAAUGUGCAAUCCUCCAUCGCUGCAGGUGAAGACGAGUCGGGCAACAACGUCACCUUCCGCGAGGGCAUGCUCGUCGCAUUCGACUUGCACUCCAUGGUCCUCCAAGACGUCGAGGAUGAAUGCAAUGUAACGCUCGGCUCGCUCCAGCAGAAGGAUUUCGACAAGACUUUCGAGGAUCUCGACAAGGCCCGCGAGAACAGCGCCAACAAGCCCGACGACGCCCCCACCGCGUCCAAGAAGGGAAAAGGAAAGGCCAACUUCGUGCGACAUAAUGUCGCCCAGCGCGCCGCCGCCGGCGACGACAUCGACGAUCUCGCGACGAUUGUUACUCUAGGACGCGAACAUGUCGAAGAGCUGGUCCGCACCGACCCCUACGGCGGUCUUCGAUACUUGUUCUAUCUUGUCAACAAAGACAAGGACAUUCCUGAGCCGUCUGACCCCGUGCAGCUGAUCAAAUGGGUCUGCUCCAAGUCUCCCAUCUUAGCACGCACGUUGGAGAUCGCCACCAAGACGAUCCGCGAAGAUAAGAGCCGUGUCUUCAUCCUCGCUGAUAUCCCCUGGCAACAGCAGAUCGUGGGCGCCAUGCUUGCCGUUGUAGGUUUCAACGUCGAAUCGAUCCGAUCAUCCCACAGCGACCGCGAGCGAACCGUUGCGAUUGACCGAUUCAAUUCUCCCUUCAGCAGUUGCCAGGUGCUCGUGGCCAACUUCAACAUCUCGCUGGUUGGACUGGAUCUCCAGGCCCAGUGCCACACUGGAAUCUUCGUCUCGAUCAACUGGAGCUGGGCGUAUCACGAGCAAGGCGGCGGCCGCCUCAUCCGACUCGGUCAAAAGUUCCCGGUGACGUGGCACUUGCUCAAGAUCAAGAACAGCUACUAUGACUACAUGGAGCGGAACUUGACCAACAAGUGGUCCCACGAGCUCAUCGGUGCGGCCAACAUCCCCGGUCACAUUCAAGGCAGUAUCCGCUACGCGGUCGUCUUCGAGAUGGUGCGCAAUCACAUUCGACAACCGUUCAACCGGUUUGCUUGGUGUGACGGGCAUUUCAAGCCGAACGAGCUGAGGCGCUACCACGCGCCUAUAAUCGUGCAGCGCGGACAUGCCUACACCUAUCUCGCGGUAUGGGCCCGGUCCCUGACCUUGGACCGCUACAACAAGACAUUCGGGUUCGCCCAGUACGGACUUGACCCUGUCAUCAACGGGCUCGUGAAGUUCCUCCUCAACCGCCCUGGAGGCGACGACGAACCCGUCACGUUCGAGCAGAUGGACGGUACGGACCUUGCGAAGCAAGCCAGGGCCGAGGUCAAGGCCAUCCUGGCCAAGUCUCAGCAGAUGGAGGAGGACGACGACGGUAAUCCCACGGCCAAGGCGAAGAAGCUCAAGGCCAAGUGGGAGAAGAAGUUCGAGUCUCGCCAAAGUGCCGCCAUGAUCAAGGUCGAUCCGUCUAUCGAUAACGAUUUCGAUGACCACUUCAACGACAUUCCGUCCUACCAGACUCGCAAACAGGAUCUCGUAGUCGACCGCCCAGUCGACGAUCCGCCUCUUCAUGACCGUGAGAACGAGGUUUCUACUCCUGGCCUCGACACAUUCCACGGCCGUGAAAACGAGACGCCCGCUCCGCCCUCUACGCCUGCCGUCGACCCUACCUUGCCCUUCGACGACGAGGCGCUCGAGAUGACGCCCACUCCCGCCCCCAGGCGCAAGGAGGCGGUGACCGUGCCCCAUGAUAGCUCUGAAGAGGUGAUUCCGGAGACGUCCCAGGUUCAAUCCGACAGCACCGAGGUCACUGAUCCCCAGCGAACUAGCUUCUCGGUCCGCCUUCUCUCACAGCGUGUCGACCCUGGCCCCCCUCUCGGGUCUGACGAUUCGAACGAUGGGGACGCGAUGGCACUUGACGACAACCUGCCGCUGGCUUCCUCACAGCUGUCCACCAACGUCCAGCUUGGCUCGGACGGAUCGGAAGAAGUGCCUGGCGAAGCGGCUAGCGAACCCACGAACGACUACCAGAUGGACAUUGACGGUACUCAAGGUGGCAUCGAGCAUAAACAGCCCGGACAGGACAACGAAACUGAGAAAGAUGAGGAGACGUCUCAGUACGAUGGCAACAGCAUCUUUGGAGAGACACCGCAAAAUCCAUCUCAGGAGCUGUCUUCCGAUGCUGAUGCUGCGAAGUCGUCCCCUUUGCGCGAGGCCAUGUUGCCGCCGCCAGCCCCGCCGCGCAAAUCUCAGCGCAUACGCUUUCUGAAAAGUGGCAGCACUAAACGCCAUGUCGUCGAUGCACUGGAUGGCGAUGUCUCGCCUGAGUCCCAGGCCAAGACCAAGCGACGCAAGCUUGAAUACGACGGGGAUAUCGAAGAUGAAAUGCUCGGGUAG